AUGGCCCUGUUGCUUUCUCACAUUUUACAUAGUCAAAUAAUUAAUUGGCUUCAACCUCCCUACUCAAUUGAUAUUCCUUAGAUCGGAAGCCUGUACGCUGCCGUGCAUGAUUGAUGACCACUCUGCCUUGCGCCUAGUGCCGUCACUAAUAAUAUUCGUGAUGAUUAGUACAAGGGCGAAACUUAGGGAGUUACUACGAUCAUUGUAAUUGAUUCGUCGAGUGCACAUUUAGAGAAAGAACACUUUCUCAAAUAAUUGACUCAUUGAGAGCACGUUGCAUACGUGAAUAGACCAGUGGCCGGAUCGCUGAUGUGCUGAACGCUAUGGACGAAACUCUAUUCAGUCAGGAUUUCAAACCUGCAUUCACCAGCACUGCCAGACCUGCCAGGCCUGCCAAGCCUGUAGCUCCAGCUGUCACUGUAAUAGCUGAUCUAGAUGGUCUGGAGGAGUGUGAAGAGGACUUAUUGGCUGCUGUAAACAUGGCAGAUGCUCAGUAUAGCGGAAUGCGAGUUUCUGAACACCCCCAGCAAAAUCCUCAGGCACAGAAAGAACAACCAGAUGAUGGUGAUGUCAAUAUGGAGGAAGACUGGGAUGAGGAUGCACUUGCAAAGAUUGCUGAAAUCGAACAGAGUAUUUGCCUCGGUGACACUUCACCAGUAAAAGCAAGAUCGAGCAGGACUGGAUCUGAACACCGACAGCAACAGCAGCAGCACCCGAAUAGCAGAGUGACUGCUGCAGCUGCUGCUGCUGCCAACCGCCAAGCACACUACAAUACUAGUCAUGCAGUGACAGACAGUAGUAGCAACAGUGGUGCACAUGGUUCUGUUUCUAAGCUCAAAGGUGAAAAUCAAGUACUACGAGAUCGACAGGCAAGCUAUGAACGUCGAAUAUCAGCGCUACAAGAGCAAAUGCAUUGUAAGGAGGAGACAGCCAAGUCUAGAAUUGCGCAAGGAGAGAAAGAGCUGCUAGAGAAAAUUGAGAAACUAACCACUCAACUGCAGUUCAAAGACCAGGAUCUAGAAGAACUCCGAAAAGAGAACCAAAACCUUAUGAAGAAAAAACAGCAGCAGCAGCAACAACAACAACCGCAGCAGCAGCAGCAGCAGCAGCAACAACAACCGCAGCAGCAGCAACAACAACAACAUGUGUCAUAUGCCCCGGCGGCAGCAGUUGCUGCCAUGAAGACGGGCAUGUCUGAUUUCCCGACUAUUACAUCAUUUCUGUCACAACAAAAGCCUACACUUGCCACGGGCAGUGCAAACAGCAGUGGGAACAACACUGUAAGCGGUCCCAAUGCUGCUACUGCCAGUACCGAUGAUGGUGAUGGUGGUGGUGUUCUGAAGCGACCUCACAUCGCUGUCAGCGAGGAUUACAGCGAUGGCAUCUCCCUAGAAUUGCCGGCAAAGCGUACCUACGUGAAGCGUGCAUCCUCAGAGGAUAACGCUCUGCUUCGGGAAGGUCGUUCCGGAAGCACAAGCCCAACUCCAAGAUCAGUUAGCGCCACUGGUGUGAUGAGUGCAGUCAAUAUGGAGAGUGAGAGGCUCACAUUGAGACGUAAUCUUGUCUUACCAUCACUGAGUGGGUCAGCUGGUGCUGCCAAUGCCUCUUCUGACUCACUUCACUCACCUAGAGUCGCUUGCAAUAGACUGGUUGACUGUUUGCUACAAGAGCCCAUGUUAUCGGAUGAAAUGCUGACAGUGUGCCAAAGUGUGGGCAUCACCUCUAUAAACGUUCUCGACACAUUGCAGAUCAUGCCGAGACAGCCACCGUUGCCGACAACAGCUGCAAUCUCAUCCACUGAGCCUACAGUGUCCAACCGCCAUCGUCAUCUUGAGGAUGAACACAUGAAAGAAGCGGCCGCUUCUGCUCUUGCGUUGUCAAUGACAGAGCAUGGCCGGCACUCGGCUUUCUGCAUAUCGUCCAGCAGUUCUCGACUUGUUCAGAGAUUAUUGCGGUCAUCAUCGCGUCGUAGUACACCAAACAGAACAAGUACACCGGACAUGUUUGAAUGCUCCUUGUCCGUUAUCCAGAGGCCGUCCGAGACACACCAAGCCAUUGGCAUGUGGAUCACACGUCUGGAGUCUCUGGUGGCAGAUUUCUGCGACGAGUUUGCAACGUCUUUCAAUCCUGACACCACUCCUGAACUGCUGCCAAUGGCUCCAUCGCCACAACCACCUCAGCAGCAGCAGCACUCGUCGAUCCAGACACCAAGCUACACUCAACAUGCGACUGGCGCAUCUCUGAGUGGCUUAGAGUCCGCCAACACCAGUACUCAGGCAGCGGCGCAGCAGAAGCAGCAGAAACAGCAGCAGCAGCUCCGGCAGGCAGUGGAGAUCCUGUGCACUUUGGAUCACUUACUACAGCAGAGCAUGGACGCCUGCUAUCUGCUGGCAUCUGCACACUGUGAGAAUUCAACUAUGACAUCAUCGACAAGUUCAACUGCCGUGACUACAUCCACAGUGAAGCACUCAUCCAGGGAAAGCAGCCCAGCAGCACCUGCGUUACGCACUGAGCCACUGCUCCUACCUCAGAUCACUUUAUCCAAGACAUCAGUAUCGGCAUCAUCAUCACUAAUUACGCCCGAUCGUCCACGAAGUUCGCCAGCACAGCCACCUGUAACUGUCACGCCGCAUGGUGUACGUGUACAACCUGUGGCAACGUUCCCAGACAAGGGUUACAGUAUAGUUGGAAGUGGUGUUGCUGGUGGCGACGGCAAUAAAGGAUUUGUUCAGAGUCCAUUCAGCCAUCGGCUACUCAUCAACAAAACGCAAUGUUCAUCACCAGCUGUGGAGCCACGCAGUCUAUGCUCACCAUGGCAACAAUCAGCUGUCUCGACGUCACAGUUGCAAAGUGUAUCCAUCACUGAUGGCGGUGGUGGUGAUGGCGGUGGUGGUGGUGCUGCUGCUGCUGCCUCGCCGAAUCAGUUUACAAACACGUCCGCUGAGUCAUGUGCAAUGCAGAACACUGGCGUGACCGCACUGCCUCAGCCAGCAUUUGCAAAGUCUGUCAGUCGUCUUGUGUUGCUUUCUCGCGCUAGUACGCCCGACGUGCUCCCCAGUGCUACACCUAGUGGUAUGCAUGCCGCCUCAACAACCGUGACAGCAGCUUGUCAAGACUGGAUGUUGACCGAUGACACAGCCGUAUGCCAUGCCGCAUAUCGGCUCAGGAGACAUCUCGUUCGUCUGGUAUCUAAAGGGCAGGCCCCGUUACUAGCAAUACAAGUAGUUGCUGCUGGUACAUUAUCAUCAAUCAGUCAAUGUGCCGUUCCUGGAUGUGGAUUGUCACAACAUUCAGCCACUGCCUUGUCAGAGUUCGUCAGGGAAGUGUUCCAGAGUGGUGUGGUGCAUAGUUGUCUUGCACAUGUGCACACACCACUACGGAUCCAGGGUCUGAAGAUUCUUCUGGCUUUGGUCUCACAUGCUGAAGCACUGAAGCUACUGUGCUUGCCCCGAUCGUGUCUACUCAAGCAGUUGUAUACGUGCCUGGCACACACAAACUCUGACCAGUGUCCACAGCUUGCAAUCAACUGUAUAGUGCGCCUAUUGACAUGCCAUGGCAACAGGGCAUUAUCCUUAUUACUGCUGCGCACAGAGUGCAGCUGUACAGUGGAUCUGCUCCGUGGUCUGGUUGCUUGUUUGCGUCGUGCGGUGCAUGAGCAUUUCUCGACUUUGGGAUCUACAAAGACGUCCACCAGUGGGUAUGCCGGUCAUACCCUAUCAGAUAACAGUGGAGGAGCCAUGCCAAGCUCAUCACCGGGGGACAGUGGACAGUGGCGUGUAGUGUUGAUACGCCGGGUAGUGUGUGUGUUACACACUAUGAUGUUGUCGUUUGACCAUGCCAGCAUGAUGGCCAAACACUUCCAUGCUGAUCAUGCACUGGUCAGUAGCUACACUGCUCUCAUCUAUCAGUUGAGACAGCUGUAUGAACAUCUCGACGAGCAGAAUUCGGAGAAGACUGUUGAGGCUUCAAUGCUGUCAUCCCUAUGUGAGUUCUUGACGGACUGUAGCAGCCCCAACCAGAGUUCUGCUGAGGUAGGCAGUGCCGCUAGUGAUGAGGAAGCCAUGGCGGUGGUCUCCUAAUGGCACCCCUCUCCCAACGCAAACACCAGUUUCCAAACAGGCCGACGGUGACGGUUUGUCUGUUACCUUCGAUUCAUGUCUGCUGUGCAAUAGUUAUUAGUGUUUGUCAAUAUCUGCUGUGCAAUAGUUAUCAGUGUUUGUCAAUGUCUGCUGUGCAAUCGUUAUCAUUGUCCUUGUCAAAAUCUUCCUGAGCUUGACUGAAUCAUUUGAUUCCUUUGAGUCUCUCCGCUCAUGCCACUGUUUCACGUUUGUAGUCAUGGCGCUGACCAUUUCCUUUCUUCCCCUUGCCCAAUACUUACAGUGUUUCGGCGUUGCACCGCCAAACACAAUCAUGCUUCGCUAACCUUUCAUGUUCUCAUACAAACUUGACGUUCAGCUCUAACCCCUGGCCUAGCAAUCAUUCAUAUUAUCACAAAGAGAAAGCAGCAGGUACAGAUCGUGUGCCUCUCCUCCAGUCAUACCAGCAUCCUGCGUCGGCCGGCCGUCGUUGAAAAUGCUCCGGAGGAAAGGUUUGCUUCAAAAUGUAGACAACAACCCUAUCAUGUUAUUUGCUUGUUUCCCACCUCUCUGCUCUACCCAUCUGCCAGACAAUGACGAUCAUUUGGCUUGCUGUUUCCUACUUCUGUUUCUGACGGACAUUUUAGCCAUUUUUUAACUUGCCGAUAUCCUCCGUUUUGUCUUUGGUUCAACACUAUUCUGCCUACUUUGAAGCAGAGACAGAAAUAAUGAUGCUGAAUGUAUCAGUGAGAGCUGUGUGCAGUAAUAAUAUGGCUACACGCCCUGGUGUGCCAGUUUGUACAGUCGACUCCUGAUAUAACGGACACCAUUGUGCAGUAGAUUUAGGUCUUUAUAGCCGAUGUUUGUUAUAACAGAAAUGCACACACACACUAUAAGCAGAAAGUCAUGACAGGCAUGUGGCCCAUGACAGUAUGACUGCAU